AUGAGUCUUCCCCAAGACAGCAACAGCUCGUCUUCCUGCAGCGCCGAUUUAGAGAAGCACAAUCCUCAGGAAAAUGCAUCUUCCGAUGUCGACAGUAAGGAAGCAGUCUUCGACGAUAUCCCGGCUCCCAAACCCACUGGCCCCAAUCCAGCAGACUUUCCUGAUGGAGGCCUGCGAGCGUGGACGGUCGUGGCAGGGUCCUGGUGCUGCAUGUUUGCGUCGAUGGGCUGGAUCAAUUGCAUCGGAGUCUUCCAAGACUACUAUCAGCGUAACCAACUCGCGUCGUACUCCGCGUCUUCGGUCGCUUGGAUCAGCUCCACGGAGACCUUCAUGACGUUCCUCGGCGCUCCCUUUUUCGGCAAGCUUUUCGACAGCUUCGGCCCUCGAUACAUGCUCAUGGUCGGCACGGUCUGUCACGUCCUGGGUCUGAUGAUGACCAGUCUGGCCUCUGAGUACUACCAGUUCUUCCUGGCUCAGGCAAUCCUCAGUGCCUUAGGUGCCAGCGCUAUCUUCUACGGUUGUCUUAACCCUAUUGGUACCUGGUUUUUGAAGAGGCGCGGCUUGGCCUUUGGCAUCAUUGCUGCAGGAUCCUCCCUGGCGGGUGUCAUUCUUCCGAUCAUGAUUGACCGACUCAUUCCGACUGCUGGAUUUGCCUGGUCCAUGCGUGCAGUGGCAUUCUUGUUCUUGGGCCUGCUUAUUAUCGGCAACCUGACUAUUCGGUCUCGUCUGCCUCCAAAGCCUACCCCCGUUGCCGCAAGCCAAUUUCUGGCCCCAUUCAAGGAGCCUACGUUCCUCUUCGUCGCUAUUGGAAGCUUCUUUUUCUUCUGGGGAGUUUUCCUGCCGACCAAUUUCAUCAUUCUGCAGGCGCAGCACGAUGGCAUGUCUUUGAAUCUCUCUGGCUAUCUCCUGGCUAUCUUGAACGCUGGCAGUGUGUUCGGCCGUAUUCUCCCCGGCUGGCUUGGAGACCACUUCGGCCGCUUCAAUGUCAUGAUCAUCACCACAUAUGUCACCAGUAUCAUUGUUCUAGCACUCUGGAUUCCCGGUCAUGGCAAUGUCCCGAUCAUCAUCUUCUCGGCGUUCUUUGGAUUUACCAGUGGCACCUUCGUGAGCAUGAUUCCGGCUAUUGUGGCACAGGUGACGAAGGAUGUCCGGAAUAUCGGCAUCCAUAACGGCUCGAACUUCUUCAUCAUCAGUAUCGCAGCCUUGACCGGAAAUCCAGUUGCUGGAGCUCUGGUUGCACAUGAUGGAGGUGGCUACUUGUACCUGCAAAUCUUCUGUGGACUCACAAUGUUCGUCGGUGCUACUUUCUUCCUCGUGGCUCGUGUGGUGCAGGUUGGUUGGGUUUGGAGGCGCAUCUAA